AGUUUCAAAGUUCAAGAAAUAUGGCAGAGAGCAGUGAGCAGAGGAGAUGGGAAAUAAAAUGGGGUGCUUUUGUGGGAGAGCUGAAGAAGGAAGUUGCUCUCGCAGCCCCGAUGGUGGCAUCAACGGUGUUUAAUUACCUUAUGCAGGUUGCAUCGGUUAUAAUUGUCGGACAUCUCGGACAGCUUCCUCUCUCCAGCGCUGCCAUCGCCACCUCCCUCACCAAUGUCACCGGAUUCAGUCUCCUGUCGGGAAUGGCUGGUGGCUUGGAAACUCUGUGCGGACAAGCUUAUGGAGCACGACAAUACCACAAGCUUGGAGUGUAUACCUACAGUGGCGUAAUCUCCCUUUCUCUGAUUUGCCCUCCAGUUUGCGUCCUCUGGAUCUUCUUCGACAAAUUGUUGCCUCUCGUAGGACAAGAUCCCACAAUCUCGCGUCAUGCACGCAACUUCUCCAUUUGCCUCAUUCCUGCACUCUUUGGAUCUGCAACCCUUAAAGCCAUAACAAGAUUCUUGCAAACUCAGAGUUUGACUCGUCCAAUGCUCUACAGCUCCUUUUGUGUUCUAUGUUUCCAUGUGCUUGUUUGCUGGCUUCUUGUGUUCAAAUCAGGAUUGGGGUAUCUUGGUGCAGCAGUGGCAACUAGUUUAUCCACUUGGCUGACUGUGGCAAUCCUUGGGUUUUAUAUAAAAUUCUCCCCUGCCUGUAGAAGAACACGGGCAUCAUUUUCCAUGGAAGCCUUUGAAAAUAUUGGGAAAUUCUUUAAGCUUGGUAUUGCUUCAGCUAUAAUGAUCUGCCUUAAGUGGUGGUCAAUGGAGCUGCUAACCUUGCUGUCAGGCCUCUUACCAAAUCCAAAGUUAGAGACAUCUGUGCUAUCUAUAUGCCUUACAAUCUCCACUAUGCACUUCACUAUACCAUAUGGAUUUGGUGCUGCUGCAAGCACACGAGUUUCAAAUGAGUUAGGUGAUAAGAACCCUCAAGCUGCUAAAGUAGCAGUGGUGGCUGCAUUCUUUCUCGCCUUUACAGAGGCAGUCAUCGUUGGCACAAUUCUCCUAAGCUGCCGGUCUGUUAUAGGAUAUGCUUACAGCAAUGACAAACAGGUUGUGAAAUAUAUUGCAGCCAUGGACCCUCUGAUUUGUGCAUCUAUUAUCAUGGACAGCCUACAAGGAGUUCUUUCUGGGGUUGCAAGAGGAGGCGGAUGGCAGCUUUUGGGAGCCUACAUCAAUCUUGGUGCAUAUUAUCUCGUUGGACUUCCGGUGGCUGCUAUACUGGCUUUCAUAGCACAUUUAAGAGGGAAGGGUCUUUGGAUCGGCUUUAUAGCUGGUUCUGUUGUUCAAACAGCACUCCUGAUUCUUAUUACAGCCCUCACAGACUGGAAUAAAAAGGCAAUGGAGGCAGAGCAGAGGGUAACCAAACGUUGAGUCCAAUUGAUAAUUUAGGCUAGGGAGCACUAAUAAGUUGAUUCAACAUGAAGCACGAGAAGAUGGUCAUGUACCAAAUUGUAUGUGCGUAUUUGUGUGUGUAAAUAAAAGAUAUUUUUAUAU